UCCCAAACGAAGGCAAAGUUUGUAACCGUAGGCAGAGAGAGAGAGAGAGAGAGAGAGAGAGAGAGAGCGAAGAGCUCUGAGAGUGAGACAAAGCAGCAAAAAAAUAGAGGUUAACCAGAAAAUCAACCCUCAAUUCUCCCACCGAUUCCUCUCAUUUUACAGACAUUUACGUUUUCUUCUGUUUUCCUUGUUUGUUUACCUAUCGAAGUUGAUUUAAAUGAGUCGUUUAGGGUUUAAAUCGGUGGUAUAUCACGGCGACUUGUGCUUGGGAGAGCUGGACGCUAUUCCGGUCAAGGACCAGAAUUUCCAGUUCCCGAAUCACGAGAUUCGUAUCCACCACAUAUCGCCACAGAGUGAACGAUGCCCUCCGCUCUCAAUUCUCCAAACGAUUUCUUCGUUUUCCGUUCGGUGCAAGCUCGAGUCGUCCUCGCCGGUCGAACAGUCCCAUCUGAUCACUCUCCACGCUUCCUGCUUCUACGAAUUCAAGACGGCGGUGGUAUUGAUUGGAGACGAAGAGAUUCACUUGGUUGCAAUGCCAAGUAAGCAGAAGAAGUUUCCGUGCUUUUGGUGCUAUGCGGUUCCUGCAGGUCUGUAUGACGCGAGCUUAGGAAUGCUAAAUUUACGUUGUCUGGCAAUCGUAUUUGAUCUCGACGAGACGCUCAUUGUUGCGAACACCAUGAAGUCGUUCGAGGAUAGAAUUGAGGCUAUUCGAAGUUGGAUUGUACGCGAGAAUGAUUCGUUGCGUGCGUCAGUAAUGACUGCCGAAAUGAAGCGGUACAUAGAUGAUCGAGCGCUAUUGAAGCAGUACACAGAGAACGACACCGUGGUAGAUAAUAACGGGAAGCUAUUUAAUGCUCAAUUGGAGGAGGUUCCACCGCUAUCCGAUAACCAUGAAAGAGUUGUUCGGCCAGUAAUUAGAUUGCAAGAAAAGAAUAUUGUCCUCACUCGUAUCAAUCCUGAUAUUCGUGAUACCAGUGUGCUUGUGAGGUUACGACCUGCGUGGGAGGACCUGAGAAGUUAUUUAACUGCAAAAGGAAGGAAACGGUUUGAAGUUUAUGUGUGUACAAUGGCAGAAAGAGAUUAUGCCCUGGAAAUGUGGAGGCUUCUUGACCCGGAGGCACAUCUUAUAGAUUCAAAGCAACUUUUGGACCGUGUUAUCUGUGUCAAAUCAGGCUCCAGGAAAUCUUUGCUAAAUGUCUUCCAAGAUGCCAUGUGCCAUCCAAAGAUGGCAAUGGUAAUUGAUGACCGUUCGAAAGUCUGGGAAGAUAAGGACCAACCACGAGUUCAUAUGGUUCCAGCAUUCACUCCUUAUUAUGCUCCUCAAGCAGAGACCGCCCAUGCUGUUCCAGUCCUCUGUGUAGCAAGAAAUGUUGCAUGCAAUGUCAGAGGUUACUUUUUCAAAGAAUUUGAUGAGAAUUUAUUACGGAGAAUCUCGGAGAUCUUUUAUGAGGACGAGGUGGUAAAUUUACCUCCUGCUCCUGAUGUCAGCAACUACAUGAUAUCAGAGGAUGCUGGAUUUGUACCAAAUGGCAAUACUAAUGCUCCCAUAAGCGAAGGAAUGAAUGGUCUUGAAGUUGAACGGAGAUUAAACCCAAUGGACGAGAAGUGUGCUAAUGAUUCAGCUACUCAUUCAUUGACAAAUAGUUCUGAGUAUAGACAUGAGGCCCCUAAGCCACCUGUUGCAAUCUUGCCGAAUGCCAUUGGCCCUGCAUCUUCAAGAACAGUGAUGCCUUCUCAGAAACCUGGUUUGCUUGGAGCUCCAGUUAGACGAGAUUGUAUCUCCUCUGAUCGUGAUUAUGAUAUGAAGAGAGGACUCCUCACUAUGAAGCAUUGUCUAGAUUCGAGGAUUCAAAGCUCAGGUGAGCCCCCCCUUUUGUCAAGAUUGCCUACACAAUCAGGAUCAUUGAUGCAGCCACAGGGAGGCUGGUUGAUGGAAGAUGAUAUUAGUCGAGGGCAUUUAAAUAGUCGACCUUCGGGAUUUGCUCCUGAAGCUGAUGCGCUAAAACCUGAUAAGCAGUCUGCACAUUUAAAGCCAUUUUCACCUAGCACACCAGGAUCUACUCCUACUGCUUUACCUUCACAAACAUCCCAAGUGAAGGUUGAAGAGGCAUGUGCUAGUUAUGAUAUGCUAAAACAAAAUCUUCCACCUGCCAGUCUGCCAUCAGAGGUUGCUGUAUCUCAAAAUCAGGUGUCUACUAGCAGAGAUAUUCAAACUGAAGCUGGAAAAUCAAACAUGCUACCUUCUCCUUUAUCUAUUGGAGUACUGCAAGAGAUUGGACGAAGAUGCAACUCCAAGGUCGAGUUCAGGUCUGUUGUCAGCACCAGUAAGGAUUUGCAAUUUUCUGUUGAGGUUUUGUUCACUGGUGAGAAGAUAGGGGUUGGAAUGGGCAAGACAAGGAAAGAUGCUCAACAACAAGCUGCCGAAAAUGCCCUUCACAGCUUAGCAGAAAAAUAUGUAGCAUACAUUGCACCUCGAACUGGGGCCGUGGACACAGAUUUUGACAAGCUUUCUCUUGGGAAUGAAAAUGGAUUUCUAUGGGAUAUCUUCAGUCCUGGAGCGGAUGAAUCCCCAAGAGAAGAUGGGUUGCCUAAAGAAAGCACUUCUGAGGCCAGUGAAAGUGAACCUGGGUGUCCUUCGAAUGUAUUAAAUCAGCAAGUGCAAAAGCGUGCCAAUUCCCCAAGGUUGCCGACUUCUAUUUCUAGUAAACGAUCAAAGGACGAGGUAUUUCGUGGUCCACAGAGCCUACCAUCCUUUCGACAACAGAAGAAUGGGCGUCCUAUAUCAUGAGAAACCAUAAGAUGGGAGCAUAUUUUGGACAAAAGGUUAUUAAGCUCUAAAGGUAUGUAUGCAUUUUAUAUAGUUCAAGCAUCUCUUUUGCCCGUGCGUUAGCUGAUGCUGAGGUGAAAAAUUCUUGAAAUUAAAUGUGCUUGCAAAGGUGGGCUCCAUUUUUUUUUUUUUUUUUGCGUGAUGCCCUACAUUUUCAUGUUUAUUUAGUGGAUAUUAAAUCAAUGGAGAAUUAUUUUUAUAUAGGCUUCCCAAGUAACAUCACAAUUGAAAUUAUUUUGUUGCCCCAAUGUUCCGUUGAUGGCUGAUCUGUCUGGAUUUCCUUUCUUUGGGGUAUUAGAAUUGCAAGGGUUACAAUAUAUAAUUGAAGUGUUAUUUUUAAAUGGGAAUCUAUCGCACGAUACAACACAUCUUUAUCAUAAAAAUAACAAAUCCGAUGAUACAAAAUCUGAAUAUAGAUUGAAUUAUGCGAUACACAUUAUGUUUGAUUAUAUCACUCUGUUAACUUCUGUUUUUCCAUGAAGAUUUCAUGGUUUCUUUCAAUAUUUUUUCCAGUAUGUAUCAGUAAUAUAUUUGUUCAAAUGUGUCCUUGGUUACACAUCGGAUUUUUAACUGAUAUGAACAGGAAAAAUAAAUUAAAUAAGAGAAAAUUUUUAAGUCAGAUGAAUUUAUCAUUUUAAUUGUGUAUUUGGAUGCUUUUUAACUGAAACACUACCUGAUACCAGACUUUAGAAUGUUGCUUCUUAUAUAAAAGGAUCAUCUAGAUAAAAAUAUUCUAUAUUUUUAUUGAUGAUAUACACAAAUUAUAAUACAUUUGUCUUCAAGGUGUCAGUAAGAUAUAUGUGAUACUUUAAAAUUAAAAAAAUGUGAAAGCAUCACAAACAUAUAAAGAUUUAAAAUUUUGAAGUUAUGAUUUAUUGUUGCUCGAUUGAGUAUUACAAAUAAUAUCAAGUGGUCAAUAAGAGUUUGCCUAUAAAAAAGUAUUGUAAGAGUUACUUUAUGUGGCUAUUCUUUCUCGGACUAGUCUAAGUUCGGGCAUGAAUCAUAAAGGAUAUUUAUCCUUGAUGCUAGGAUACCCUAUAAUGUGUAGGUAGAUCAAUAUAAGCCCUAGAUUUGUAGGGGUCUGUAAUGUUGGGAAGUGAUUGAGAAGGGACCUUUUGUGGGUUGCCACCACUCCAUUGAAUUUUAGGAGACCUCACCCAGAUAUAUAUUUGCAUUGAACUUCCUUUUUUCUUCUUGUUGACGUGAAUUCAUGGUUCCAAAAAAUGAUUCGGUUAAGACCGAUUCAGUUUAUUUAACUUAAAUUAAUUAGAAAUUACCAUAUAUUUUCAUGAACUUGUAGUAGCUAAGGUAUUAUCUUCUUUGUAAAUAAGGUUAUUCGAGGGC